GUUUGGGGACGAUGAGGAGGUACCCGGAGGUGGAGAUGGAUGUGGAAGACGAUGAAUUCGCCAAGCUCAUUAGGAGGAUGAACCCUCCGAGGACUUUCCAUUUUUGCUUGUGAUGCGGUGCUAAAGUUUCUGUUUGGAAGAGAUGAGCAGAUAUGGUUUUUCAUUUCUGCUUUGUUUAUGGGGAGAUGAUUGGGUUUGCUUUCCUAGGAAUUUCUUGCUCCUUCUCCUCUCCUGUGUGGCUUUUCGUUUCUUCCUCUUAUGGUUGUGAUAGAUAAUGAUUCUUGCGGUGAUGCAACAGUUAUUAGAGUGGAUAGUGUCAACAAGCAUGGGAUUCUGCUAGAAGUUGUUCAAGUCCUCACUGAUCUGGACCUUGUCAUCAGAAAGGCCUAUAUAUCUUCGGAUGGAAGUUGGUUCAUGGAUGUAUUUAAUGUGACCGACUGCGAUGGAAACAAACUGUGGGAUGAGGAGAUCAUCUCCUACAUUAAAAAGUCCCUGGAGUCAGAGGCUUGCUUAUUCCCCAAGCUUCAGAAUUCAGUCGGUAUAAUGCCGUCAACAGAGGACACAUUAAUUGAGAUAACAGGCUCCGACAGGCCUGGAUUGCUAUCCGAAAUAUGCGCUGUUCUUGCAACCCAGAUGAGUCAUGUGGUGAAAGCUGAGCUAUGGACACACAACAACAGAGUUGCAGCAGUGCUUCAUGUCACCCAUGAGUCCACCGAGGGAGCAAUCGAAGACCCCCAACAGCUCUCCACCCUCAAGGAGCUCCUCUGCAAUGUUCUUAGAGGUGAUCAUGAUCCAAGGAUGGGGACGAUGACCGUGUCGAUGGGGCUCACCCACACAGAGAGGAGGUUGCAUCAGAUGAUGUUCCAUGACCGGGAUUAUGAGAGGGUUGAAGUGAAAGAAGCUGUGGGGAAUAAAUCUAGACCCCAAGUCACUGUGAUGGACUGUUCCGAGAAGGACUACACUGUGGUAAUCUUGAGAUCCAAGGACCGGCCCAAGCUUCUGUUUGACACCAUUUGCACACUCACAGACAUGCAGUAUGUUGUGUUUCAUGGGACUGCCAGUGCAGGAAAGGAAGAAGCUUAUCAGGAAUACUAUAUAAGACAUGUAGAUGGCCUCCCCAUAAGCUCAGAGGUCGAGCAACAGCAUCUGAUUCAGUGUCUUGAGGCAGCUGUAGAGAGAAGAGCUUCAGAUGGUCUCGAAUUGGAGCUGAAGACAGAGGACGAAGUUGGCUCUCUCUCAGAGAUCACAAGGGUAUUCCGAGAGAAUGGCUUGACCAUCAGAAGAGCAGAGAUUUCGACCGAGGGAGGCAAAGAAGUAGACACCUUCCAUCUUUCUGAGACAUCAGGCAACCCUGUGGAUGCCAAGACGAUCGAUUCGAUACGCAGACAGCUCGGGCAGACGAUAGUAAGGGUGAAGCAGAACCCUCUACUCGAAGCGAAGCCUCCUCCAGAGGUGGUCAGCACUGUCAGUUUCUUCUUUGGCAACCUCUUCAGGGCCUCGUUUCAGAGCUUUCGACUGAUCAGAUCCUACUCAUGAACACCAAAUCACACUCAUGGAAGACGAUUAGCAUGCAAAGAUGAUACCGAAAAAAGUUAGGUACGACAUCAAAGACAAACAUCCAGCAGCAACACUCUGUAGAUAGUCCAGGAUGAGAAGUAUACCGAAUGUGAUGGAAGGAUGAGCAAUAAUUACACUAUUGUAAAUAGACACUAUUUGAUGUACAUAGAUGGCAUGCUCUUUUAAGUCCAAGGAAUCCAUCCAAUGCAUUUGGUGU